UAAAGACAUAAAAAAAUCGUAUAAAAGAUGAUUUAUUGGCGAGUAAAUAUUUUUCAGUUUAUUUUGAUAUUUUUUUUAGUAACAAAGAUCUCUUCUAAAAUUGAGUUUACAAACCUGAAAUGCACAUCUCUGGACAAAGAUUUCACCGACUUUGACUAUUGUUAUAUAAAAUCCAUCAAUAGGACCUACAAAUACGUGUCAUUAAAAGUGAAGUUGUACAAAGUACCCAUAACAAAUGUCACCGUAAAUUUUUCGUUUAUGAAGCGAUCAAGUGGCUACAAGCUCUUUCUCUAUAAUAUUACUGCGGAUGCCUGCAAGUUUCUGAAAAAUCCAAAAUCGAAUCCAGUUCUAGGCUAUAUGUACGGAUUGUUUAAAAGUCACUCUAAUAUGAACCACACAUGCCCCUUCGAUCAUGACCUUGUAAUGGAAAAGGUUUCUUCGGAUUUUAUUAAUAAUCAGCUCACGCAAAUGUUGCCCUUUCCCGAAGGCGAAUAUUUGUUCAAAACUAAUUGGAUGGCAUAUGGCAUUCUUCGAGCUUCUGUAAACGCUUACGUUACUUUGACCUAA